UGAUGUUGGGGAUGGGAACUGUGGGAGCCCUGGCCACAGGCCAGGUUUGGGGGAGGACCUAAGCUUGGGAAUUUCCUGAGCUUCAGAGAAAACAUUCUAAUUCUCCCCUCUUCCCCAAACCACCCCAGAUACCCCAGAAGCUUCAGCCCUAGGAUUCUCUUCACACUCAGCCCAAGAAAUAGAGAUGUAAAGGCCUAAGUGGGGGAAAACACAGGGUGGGGGAGUCUUGACUGUGUGCCUUUGGGUCAUUCACAUUUCUAAGAGCCCAAAUAUUGGUCACAGUCUCCAUAAUGUUCCAACCAAGUCACCAUUGCACUGCAAAUAGCAUUAAAAUAAUGAGAUUUAUAAAUAUUUUAAUAUCUUCAUAUUUAGGAUUAGAAAAAACAUUUCUCCCCACAAAAUUUCUGGGAAUUUUAUAGCUCUAUUUGGGGAAGGAUAUUUCAAUCUAGUUAUGGCUUCAAAAUUGGUAACAUUGAAAUCAUAUAAAUGGCCUGAGGAAGUAGGAAAUAAAAGUUUCCACAAGGAACUGGAAUCAGAAGUCCUGAGAUCAGAAUUCACAAGUUCACCACCUCAGAAUUCUGAGAGUUUGGGUCUUCCUGGAACAUGGGAUCUGGGAGUUUCCCAACCUCCAAAUUUGGAAAUCUCAGAUAGCUUCUUUGGAAUUCAGUAUUCCUCUAAGCUUUCCUGUGUCUGCAUUUCAAGGUUGCCUUGGAAUCCACUCCCCAAAUUUGCAGAGCAGAAGGGCGUGCCUGGAGUCAGAGUUCAAGAACCUGCCCCUCCAAGGUACAGCCUGUACACCCGCACCUGGCUCGGAUACCUCUUCUACCGCCAGCAGCUGCGCAGGGCUCGGAAUCGCUACCCCAAAGGCCACUCCAGAACCCAGCCCCGCCUCUUCAACGGAGUGAAGGUGCUUCCCAUCCCCGUCCUCUCGGACAACUACAGCUACCUCAUCAUCGACACCCAGGCCCGGCUGGCUGUGGCUGUGGACCCUUCAGACCCUCAGGCUGUGCAGGCUUCCAUUGAAAAGGAGGGCGUUACCUUGGUUGGCAUCCUCUGCACCCACAAGCACUGGGACCACAGUGGAGGGAACCGUGACCUCAGCCGGCGGCACCAGGAAUGUAGGGUGUACGGGAGCCCUGAGGAUGGCAUCCCCUACCUCACCCAUCCCCUGUGUCAUCAAGAUGUGGUUAGCGUGGGACGGCUUCAGAUCCGGGCUCUGGCCACCCCUGGCCACACGCAAGGCCAUCUGGUCUACCUGCUGGAUGGGGAGCCCUACAAGGGUCCCUCCUGCCUUUUCUCAGGAGACCUGCUCUUCCUCUCUGGCUGUGGACGGACCUUUGAGGGCACUGCAGAGACCAUGCUGAGCUCACUGGACACUGUGCUGGGGCUGGGGGACGACACUCUGCUGUGGCCUGGUCACGAGUAUGCAGAGGAGAACCUGGGCUUUGCAGGCGUGGUGGAGCCCGAGAACCUUGCCCGGGAGAGGAAGAUGCAGUGGGUGCAGAGGCAGCGGAUGGAGCGCAAGAGCACGUGCCCGUCCACCCUGGGAGAGGAGCGCUCCUACAACCCGUUCCUGAGGACCCACUGCUUGGUGCUGCAGGAGGCUCUGGGGCCAGGCCUGGGCCCCUCUGAGGAUGAUGGCUACUCCCGGGCCCAGCUCCUAGAGAAGCUCCGCCGGCUGAAGGACCUGCACAAGAGCAAGUGAUGCCCCCCAGCCCACCCCGGCCCACCCCCGUGGUGGGAAGGCCACCCAUCACCCGCACAUGCCAUCCCUGCCUUUGCUACCACCACCAACUCCAUCGGCGCCCACGGUGGGCAUCAUUUCCCAGCACCGGUCAGGGCACAAGGAGGAACCAGGUGAUGAGACCUUGAGGCCGAGAGGAAGGGGGCUGCUCCAGGGCCUGGAGACUCCAUGGCGAGGCUGAGAUUUCAAGGGCAACAGGGAAGGAGGGGCCUUGGGACAUCUCCAGACCUGACCGGGAGGGAUCCCCUCCUCCUGUCCCCUGUUCCUGCAGCGGCAGGAAGGACAUGGAGGCCGUUGUUAGCCUCUCCCUCAGGAGGCCUCACUCUCACGGGGGCCCCUGACCCUGAGGCAGCAGGAGCCAUGAACAGGUUGAGUCCGUCUUCCCCCUUCUCCCAUUCAGGGUUGGGGAAGAAACUGCAUCCCCCAGAGUGGCCUGAGGGCGGUGCCUUGGCAAGAUGGUCACUCAGAGGGGCACCUGGACUCCUUUUCCGAGACACUGCCCCCUUCUUCCCUAAGUCUCCCUGCCCUGCCCCACCCCCACAAAGGCAUUUUUCAAACAGAGCCAUUUCCGAGAAAGGUGAAAGGGCUGAACGUCUGGCUGUCUGGCCAAUCUCUGCCUCAGCGACCCCUCUACAGCCUGGCAUAGGGAGGGUCUUGGUUGCCAAGGAAACCCUGACCUCAGGCUGACUGACGACACUGGAGGCUGUUGGGACUGCAGCCCAACAGUCCUGUAGGGGCAGAGUUCCUGCCCCUGCCCUGGGCCAACAGGGUCCCUCCCUCCCAGGGGAGAGAGAGCCAUCCUCCGCCAAGGCCACUGCGGUUUUCUCGUUCUGGCCCUUAUUCUUAGGAACUUCUGCCUUCCUCUAACUCCUGCUUUAUCUUCAGCCCCUUUCCUCUUUCGGUAAUUAACCACAUUCAUCUGGCCCCUUGCAGUUAGCCAAACACAUUUCCGUAAUUUGUCAUGUGAUCCUCGGCCCCAUCCCAGCUAUGGGGAGGGGGUCUGUGCAGCAGAGUUCAGAUAUCAGGAAUCUGGGAUCAGAGAGCUCUCAAAUGAGUGGCAGCUUCCAGGACCCCAGGCCUGGGUCCUUCCCCUCUGCUCAGCCCUCCCUCAGCUCAGCUUCUCCUCUGGUCUCAGGCCCAGGUCCUGUAGGGGCCACAGUGCGGAAUCCUAUGGUCCUCGAGCAGGCGUACCUUGGAUUAGCCAGGAGCCUUCUGUUCCUUUGAAGAGAAGCCUUCUCUCAGGCUCUGCUCACCCCCGGCAAGCCUCUGAGAUGCCCCCUGCCCUCAGUUUCCCCACAUCAUCCGGCCUCUGCCUCCCUCUCCAGCCACAGCCUCUGGUACCAACUCUAGCAAUACUCCCAGAAUAGUUAGAGUUCCCCGCCCCCCAAGACAUGCAGUUUCCUGCCUCUGUGCCUUCGCUCAUGCUGUUUCUUCGGACUGGAAUGCCUUUCCCCUGCUCCUCCUGCCUUGUCUGCCUGGCAAACACCUGUUCAUCUCUCACAAUCCUUCUCAAAGGCCCCCUCCUCCAGGAAGACAACCCCCAUGCCCUUCCCCUCCCAGGCUACCUCUGCUCUUUGUAAAUGCUUCUCUUGUGGCACUUAUCACACUGUAUUUGACUUGUUUACAUGUUUGUCUCCCCUUCCAGACUGUGAACCCUUCAGGGCAUGGACUGUAUCUUAUGCAUCUUUGAAUUUCUGCGCCUAGCACGGUGCCUGGCACACAGUAGGCGCUCAAUAAAUGUUGAAUGAAUGAAUGAUUUAA